UAAAAUUCUUUCUGCUAUCAUCUUCUACAAAACCCUACUUUUUCUUAAUUUUUUUUUUAAAGAAAAGACUAUCACAUAAACAAUCAUCCGUUUUUUCUCGUAAACUGUAUAAAAUAUUUCCCUUUGUUUCUUUUUUCUCUUUUUCCUUAUUAAUACCAAUGUUUUGUUGACCCUUUCUCUUUGGUUUGAUAAUUGCAUUUUCUUUUUAUUUGUUUUUGUGGGUUUAUUUUUUCCGUUUAUCAUAAAUAGAAAAGAAGAUGAAGAUGGCAACAGGCAACAAAACCGGAGACAUCCCCACCAAAGGAAAAGGCGUUGGGGUCUGUAGGAAACGUGAGGAAAAAAAAGGACAUGUUUCUAAGAGCCGAUAAGAUAGAUUUCAACAGCUGGGAUUUGCAACUGGAUAAGCACCUGCGCAGGGCCUUGUCCAGGGACAGGGGUAUCUCAAGCACCAUAGAGAAGGAAGAGUGGGAAAUUGAUUUGGCUAAACUUGAUAUAAGGAAUGUCAUAGCUCAUGGAACUUAUGGCACCGUUUACCGAGGCCUUUAUGAUACCCAAGAUGUUUCAGUGAAGGUAUUUAACUGGGGGGAGGAUGGGAUUGCCACAGCUGCUGAAGCUGCUGCUAUUCGGUCAUCAUUCUGCCAAGAGGUUGCCGUUUGGCAUAAACUUGAUCACCCAAAUGUUACAAAGUUUAUUGGAGCUUCAAUGGGAACUUCCAACCUUAAGAUACGAACCAAAGAUGCAACAAGCCAGAAUAAUAGCGUUCUUCCUUCCAGUGCAUGUUGUGUUGUUGUUGAGUACGUUGCAGGUGGGACGUUAAAGAAUUAUUUGAUAAGAAACAGGAGGAAGAAACUAGCCUUUAAGGUUGUGAUUCAAAUUGCUUUGGACCUCUCCAGAGGUUUGGGCUAUCUUCAUUCCAAAAAGAUUGUGCACCGUGAUGUCAAGACUGAAAAUAUGUUGCUAGAUGCUCGUAGAAUAUUGAAAAUUGCUGAUUUUGGUGUUGCUCGAGUUGAAGCUCAGAACCCACAAGACAUGACUGGGGAAACAGGCACUCUUGGUUACAUGGCUCCAGAGGUCCUCGAUGGGAAACCUUACAAUAGGAAAUGCGAUGUCUACAGCUUUGGUAUAUGCUUAUGGGAAAUAUACUGGUGCGACAUGCCUUAUGCUAACCUUAGUUUUGCUGAUUUUACGUCAGCAGUAGUGCGACAGAAUUUACGGCCAGAAAUUCCGAGAUGUUGCCCGAGUGCAUUGGCAAGCAUAAUGAGAAAAUGUUGGGAUCCACAUCCCGAAAGACGUCCUGACAUGGAUGAGCUGGUGAGAUCCCUAGAGGCUAUAGAAACAAGAAAGGGAGGUGGCAUGAUACCUGAAGACCAAGCUUCCGGCUGUUUCUGUUUCUCUGCCCGAGGCCCUUGA